GUGACCCUGACCUGGGAUGAGACGGACCACGACCGCGUCUCGACUCUGAACAGGAAGUUCAACAAAGACGAGCUGCUGGACAUGGACUUCAAGGCCUACCUGGCCUCCUCCAGUGAGGAGGAGGAGGAGGAGGUGGCAGGAGAAGGAGACGAUGAUGAGAAGAAGAGGAGGAGGAGGAAGAUGAAGAGUGAGGAGCAGAUCAGAGCCUACAGGGAGCUGCUGAGGAACAUCCAGGACAAGGAGACGAAGCAGCAGGAGGACAGGAACAUGGAGAUGGAGAUCACCUGGGUACCAGGUCUGAAGGAGACCACGGAGCAGCUGGUGAAGAAGAAACUGGAGGGGAGGAGCCAGCUGACGCCCUGGGAGGAGUAUCUGCAGAAGAAGAAGAAGAAGAAGAAGAAUAAGAGCGACAGGAAGCAGGAAGCAGCUGAUGAAGAGCUCAGUGAUGAUGACCUUCCUCCUGAUGUGGACCUCAGUGACCCCUUCUUCAGCUCUGAGCUCCAGGCUCCAGACCUGAAGAAGAAGAAGAAACAGGAAGAGCAACAUYCAGCUGAGGAAGAGGAGGAGCUGCAGAGACAGGCUCAGAUGGUUCUGCUGAUGGACGACGGCGCCGAGGACAAACACUUCAACUACGAGCGCAUCGUGGAGCACCAGAACCUCAGCAAGAAGAAGAGGAAGAAGCUGCUGAAGAAAGGGACGGAGCUUCUGGAGAACGACCACUUCCAGGUGGACGUGAAAGACCCUCGCUUCCAGGCCAUGUUCUCCUCCCACCAUUACAACCUGGACCCCUCCCACCCCAGCUUCAGGAGGACCCGGGCCACGCAGAGCAUCCUGGAUGAGAAGCAGCGGCGCCGUGCUCAGCAGGCCACGCCCACACAGGAAGAGCCCGUCCACAAACAAGAAGCAGCAGAGACGAGGCGGGAAAAAGACUCUGCGAUGGACCCGAGUCUGUCUCUGCUCGUUAAAUCCAUCCGCAGUAAAACGCAGCAGUUCCAGGCCCGGAAGAAGCAGAGACUCCUGUAGUCCAGAACCGCCUGUCGGGUUGGGUCGGGUUCUCCUGAUGGAGCCAGACCCACUUCCUGUUGAAAACAUGUUUACACAAACAUCAYGUUCAAAAGAUUUGUUCAAAUCACAGGCUUGGAUUAAACUUUUAUUACAGAACCGAACCACAGGUUCUGGUGUGGGUCUGCAGCUGUAYGGCACCUUAUCCACUAAUAAACCCAUCUUUAAGUUUU